CCCUCCGCUUGCGUUUCUACUGUUAACGGAACAGCAGUGUUUAAUGUUUACCAUCGUUCAGCUUGACUGAGCUAUCUGAUCCGGAGGCUUCAUUUGAUCGCCACACAAUAUAUAUACAGCGAAAGGCGUGGACGCACUGUGAAAUAACCCAAGUAUGUCUCGAGAGCAGAAAGCAGUGGAGCGUGCCAGGAAGGCCUUCCUCACCGGCCGGAGCAAAGCACUGGAGUACCGCAUUACCCAGCUAAAAAACCUGCUGCGUUUUGUCAAAGAACGACAGAAGGAAAUCGCAGAGGGCCUCAAAAAGGAUCUCAAAAGGAGUGAGUUUGGAACUCCUUUGUAUGAGACUCUGGGUCUGGAGAGUGAGAUUAACCUGGCUGUGAGAAAUCUGAAAGAAUGGGCAGCUCCUCGACCCGUGAGCAAGAGCAUGAUGACCAUCUCAGACCAGGUCUACAUCCAGCCUGAGCCCCUGGGAGUAGUGCUGGUCAUUGGGGCCUGGAAUUACCCCUGGGCAGUCACCAUCGGGCCCCUCGUAGGAGCUAUAGCAGCAGGUAAUGCAGCUGUGAUCAAGCCAUCUGAAGUCAGUUCUCACACUUCCAAAGUAAUGGAGGAUCUCUUACCAUUGUACUUGGACAAAGAGUUGUACCCUGUUGUCACGGGUGGGGUGACAGAAACCCAGGAGCUGCUCAAGCAGCGGUUUGAUCACAUCUUCUACACUGGAAAUGGCACAGUGGGUAAAAUCAUCAUGGAGGCUGCUGCAAAACACUUAACCCCUACCACUCUGGAGCUGGGCGGAAAGAGCCCGUGCUACAUCGACAAGAACUGUGACCUCGCCGUUGCCUGCCGGCGUAUUGCAUGGGGAAAGUACUCAAACUGUGGUCAGACCUGCAUUGCUCCGGACUACAUACUGUGUGACCCCAGUAUGCAAGAUAGAGUGAUUGAAGAGAUCAAGAAGAAUAUUAAAGAUUUCUAUACCGAAGACCCCAAAAAAUGUAUGGAUUAUGGACGUAUCAUCAAUCAGCGCCACUUCAAGAGGCUGAUGGCAUUGUUGGAAGGCAGCACCAUUGCUGUGGGGGGUGAAAAUGACGAGUCGGAGUGCUACAUUGCUCCAACAGUUUUAAGGGACGUGAAGCCGGAUGCCAAGGUGAUGCAGGAGGAGAUCUUCGGGCCUCUGUUGCCCGUCCUGACAGUGAGCGGUGCAGAUGAAGCCAUCAAAUUCAUCAACCAGAGAGAGAAACCCCUUGCCUUGUACAUCUUCUCUUCAGACAGCAAGCUGAUCAAGCAUAUGAUUGCGGAGACCUCUAGUGGUGGAGUGUUGGCCAAUGACUGUUUGAUGCACUUCUCAGUAAGCUCUUUGCCUUUUGGUGGAGUUGGUAAUAGUGGGAUGGGCCGCUAUCAUGGCAAGUACGGCUUUGAUCACUUGAGCCACUUGCGCGGCUGUCUAAUCAAACAGCUGAAGAUGGAAGGGGUGAAUAAUAUGCGUUAUCCACCACAUACAGCAGAUAAGCUGGGCUGGGCACGCUUUUUCAUCCUCAAACACGUCGACUUUGGCAGUCUGGGCCGCAUGGCGCUGCUGCUGGGUCUGCUGGUGGUCCUUGUUGCAGUGAUUGUACAGAGAAACUAUACUGACUUAGAAUGUGAAUGAUAUGAAGAAAUCUUACCUCCACCCAGAAGACCUGGGUCAGAUGGUGGACUAACUCCUACUGAAGUGCUGCUUCUCUCCUUUGCAUUCAUUUUAUUAUCAUGGUCGUGAUUCAUUUCUAUCAUUAUGACAAUGCUGCAUUUUAGGUCAUUUAAACUAACUUGCAGUUUUAAUACUAAUUAUUAUGAUAUCUGAAGCACUUUAAUCAGUGUUUAUUUUAGAUCGUCAGAUUUGUUUAUGAAGAAUUGUUCCAUAUGAAGAAUAUAUUAUGAUAAUUCUAAUAAUAUUUUGUAUUAUUGUAUUGAUAUAAUACAGAAUACAUAGUUAUCCUGAAUGUUUCAUUUUAAAAUGGAUAGUUUACUCAAAAAUGAAAAUUCUGUCAUCGUUUACUCCCUCGCAUGAUGUCCCGAACCAGUUUGUCUUUCCUUUUUCUUUGAAACACAAAUGAAUAAAUUUUGAAUAAUAGUUAUGCUGCUCUUUUUUCACACGAUGCAAGUGAAUGGGGACUGCCAUAUGGGUUUGCAUCAGCGAGAGGGUGAUUUUGGUGAACUAUUUCUUUAAGAAAGCAGAACAACUACACCAUAUACUGUAUGUAAUGUGUUCCUAAUAACAUUUCUACAAUACACCUGGCAACCAUUUCACUUUAAUAAUAUAUGCUGAAAUUUGUACGUUCUGUAUGUGAAGGAUCAAAGCAUUUUUAGUCCUAACAAUUGUGUCUUAUAGUAAUGCCAUAGAUUUUGAGAGACUUUUAUGACACAGAAAUAAUUUUUAAUGCAACAAUAAACUUGUUUUUACACA